GUAAAUAUGUAUAAUCCCAUUUUUUCGAAAAGCUUUAGUCGAACCGAACGCAAAAGGUUUGGAAGUUGUGCAAUCUUUUUGUGCUUCAUUAUUGCAUUGGGCAUUUCCUCAAGCUUGAAGCCUCAUUUGCAUCUCCUCUCACUCAUUGGUGACGCUGUGAAAACGCAGCUAUCCAUCACUGAUGUGGGAAACAUGCUUGUGGUUGAUGAUGGCACCAGAAGAAUCAUCAAACCUAUUGUUGUCAAUCCAGCCGAAUAUCUACAGCUGCCGAGUGAUGCUGCUCAAAAUAAGCUCAUCUAUAACCACACAACCAAUAUCAUCACAUCUACAUAUUCCGAAAAUGGUAAUAUUAAUGCAACAUAAUCAUAGUAUAUAUGGUAUAUCCUUAACCCAAUGAAUGUUUUCAGGUAGUAAGAUGGAGCCAAAACAUGCAACAAUGUGCAGAAAUUCAAACUAUUGUGAGAUGGAAGGAGACAUAAGAAUCCAAGGCAAAUCCUCCACAAUAAUGCUCUCAUCACAGUCCACCCAAUCUUGGAGCGUAGAGCCCUACCCUCGAAAGGGCACCUCCCGCGUCAAGAAAUGGACAAUCAAACUCGUUCCACACGUGCCAAACUGCACUCAACAUCACACCCAUCCAGCAAUCCUCUUCUCAAUGGGGGGAUUCGCAGGAAACUAUUUCCACGAUUUCGCAGACAUCUUGUUUCCCUUGUAUUUGACUUCCUCCCACUUCGAAGGGGAAGCACAGUUUCUCGCAACCGAUCAGAAGCCCUGGUGGAUAACCAAAUUCAGACACAUCCUAAAAAAAUUGACAAAACGCAGCAUUUUAGACAUCGAUGGAGAGACAUCGCAAGUCCACUGCUACAGCAAGAUGCGAAUCGGCCUCAGAUUCCACAGAGAGCUCAUAACCAAUAAUCCAGCAUCAUCACCAUCGAUGCAGGACUUUCGGAUGCUGCUGAGAGAAGCCUACUCCCUGAGGAGGGAUGGGACGGGGCCCACGCCCCGGCCCCGUCUCAUGAUCGUGGAUAGAAAGCGUACGAGGGUCUUGACAAACAAACGCCAAGUCUCGAAAUUGGCAAGAAAGAUGGGGUUUGAGGUUGUAGCUGCGAAUAUGCCGGGAUUCGCAGGGGCCGUGAACUCGUGCGACGUGCUGGUAGGGGUGCACGGGGCCGGGCUGACGAACAUGGUGUUCUUGCCGGAUAGGGCAGUGUUGAUUCAAGUUGUUCCGUUUGGAAAUGUUGAUGGAUUCGGUAGGCUUGAUUUUGGGAACCCUGCGUCGGGGAUGGGGUUGAGGUAUUUGGAAUACAAGAUUGGAGUCGAGGAGAGCUCUUUAAGCCGAAAAUAUUCAAAGGACCAUCAGAUUCUGAGGAAUCCGGAAUCGUAUGUGAAAUGGGAGCAAGUGUGGUCGAUUUAUUUGAAUCAACAGAAUGUGACACUUGAUUUGCGUAGGUUCAAACCCACUUUAGCUAAGGCCCUCAAGUUAUUACGACGUUGAGUGCUUUAUUUAUUUUAUUUAUCAUGUAAUCUUAUUUAUCUAAUUUAGUAUAGCAGUGA